CAGAUGGCGAUAACCUGCGACUGUCCAAUGUCGCAGCCGGGGCCGACGCUGGCUGCGACCUGCGGCGGCGGCGCCUUCAUGCUGUUCAUGGGGCUCCUGGAGGUAUUCCUCAGGAGUCAGUGCGAUUUGGAAGACCCAUGUGGUAGAGCUCAGUACCGGCGUCACAUGGACUCCGUGUAUGACUUCAUAGUUGUGGGAGGAGGCUCCGCGGGGUCUGUGGUCGCAGCGAGACUCUCCGAGGUUCCUGAAUGGAGAGUCUUAUUGCUCGAAGCAGGUUUUGAUGAGCCUACCGGUGCACAAGUACCAUCCAUGUUCCUAAACUUCAUUGGGUCCAGUAUCGACUGGGGAUACACCACUGAAUCGGAGCCGGCCGCCUGCCUGGGAGAGACGGACAGAAAGUGCUACUGGCCUAGAGGAAAAGUGCUAGGCGGUACAUCAGUAAUGAAUGGAAUGAUGUACAUCCGAGGGUCCAGGAAGGACUACGACGGCUGGGCAGCAGCUGGAAACGAAGGCUGGUCAUACGAAGAGGUUCUUCCAUACUUCCUCAAGUCGGAAGAUAACAAACAAGUGGAAGAGAUGGACAAGGGCUACCAUUCUACCGGUGGACCGCUGACAGUGUCACAGUUUCCUUAUCAUCCCCCAUUGAGUUCCAGCAUUGUGAAGGCUGGUGAAGAAUUGGGGUACCAAGCAAUAGAUCUUAAUGGUGAACACCACACUGGCUUCGCCAUCGCUCAGACCACGAACCGUAAUGGCUCCAGGCUGAGCGUCGCCCGCGCCUUCCUACGACCAGCCAAGCACAGACCCAACUUGCACAUCAUGCUGAACGCCACCGUCACCAAGGUCCUCAUCAACCAGACCACCAGGCAGGCAUACGCUGUCGAAGUGAGAAACAGCUUUGGAGGAACCGAAGUUAUUUUCGCCAAUAACGAAAUUGUUUUAAGCGGUGGAGCUGUAGCGUCUCCCCAAAUUCUCCAACUCAGCGGUAUUGGUGACAGCGAAGUGCUGUCUCGGGCUGGGGUGAAAGCGAUCCACCAUCUACCGUCCGUCGGUCAUAAUCUUCACAACCAUGUAGCACAUUUCCUGAACUUCGAAGUGAAUGAUAACAAUACAGCUGCGCUCAACUGGGCAACAGCCAUGGAAUAUUUGCUGUUCAGAGACGGACUUAUGUCUGGGACUGGCAUAUCUGAAGUCACAGCAUUCAUCAACACCAAGUACUCAAAUCCAGCAGAAGACAAUCCAGAUAUCCAAUUGUUUUUCGGAGGUUUCCUUGCUGAUUGCGCCAAGACUGGAAUGGUGGGGGAGAGACUGGACAAUGGCUCGAGGACCAUACAAAUUAUACCAACAGUGUUGCAUCCUAAAAGCAGAGGCAGACUGGAAAUCGCAUCUGCUAAUCCUUUCGAUUAUCCGAAAAUUUAUGCUAACUACUUAACACAUGCUGACGAUGUCAGAACUCUAAUCGAAGGCAUCAAGUUCGCCAUCAAACUGUCUGAAACGAAAGCUCUGAAACGGUAUGGUGUUAAGAUGGAUAAGACUCCAGUGCCAGGCUGUGAGAAGAUCAAAUUUGGAUGCGACGCAUAUUGGGAGUGCGCUGUGAGGAUGCAGACUGCUCCGGAGAAUCAUCAAGCCGGCUCUUGUAAAAUGGGUCCACGGGGAGAUCCGACUGCUGUUGUGGAUAACUUGCUACAGGUACAAGGUAUAGACAGACUGCGCGUGGCUGACGCGAGUGUAAUGCCCUCAGUGGUGUCUGGCAACACCAAUGCGCCUACCAUCAUGAUCGGCGAGAGAGCCGCAGAUUUCAUAAAGCAGCGCUGGCUGGGAGGCAUACAGACCCAAUAUCCAAUCAGCGGACACGGCGGCAUCUCUAACGUGCUACAAGCCAGCGACACGCAACCACAAGCCGUAUGGCAGCGAUGGGUGUAAAACGACUGUAUACCAACUCAAUAACUGCCUUUACACGUACCUACACUCUUUCACGCGCGAUAACGCUAAAAUUACGGUCUGAGCCGAGGCCAAACCCCUAGCAGUGACUUUAGACUAAAGUCGUAUCCAUCAGGCAGGAGUUGGCCUUCAGCCGCUCCAUAAGUCCUUCUGCAGGUUUGGAGUGCCAUCUGCACUCGCCCCUACCGUCCGGUGAAUCUGUAAAAGCUAGCUGCGGCAUCAAUCUUAGAGUAGAUAGUCCUAAAAAAUAAGAAAGCUUUCACAAUGUCUAAAGUAAAUUUACACAAGAACGAGAAAGAAGGCAUGCGCCGCACAACUCUCACAUUCUCGCAUUCUGAUCCUCGCAAUGUGAUCACUCACAUUUGCGCGCGCUCCUGAUCGCACGUGAAAAAUGUGUCGUGUAAAAGUAAUUAAUAUUCAAAUCAAAUCCAAUAUUUGUCUUCGCUUGAACACCAUUGUUUAUUCGUCAAAGCAUUUCAUAUUUCACAAUAUGUGUAUAAUUGUCCUCUUCAUUACUUCCAUAGAAAAUAUGUGUGCUACAGGAUAUUAUAUAGUGUUAUUCAGGAUCUUUAACCAUAGACAAUAAAUAGAUUUGGUGAUGUAUAUAAUUUUAUUAGGUACUCACAAAGUACAUUAAGCAUUAAAUUCUAUAUAAGCUCGUAAGGACAUUGUCAUACCUAUAAUGUUGCACCUAUUUAUUGUUCAUAAGUAAACUAAGAUAAGUAAUUAUAGACAAACAUCGUAUAACGUAUUGAAAUCAAUUAAAAUUAAUGAUAAAAAGAACAUAAAAUUCAUAGAUUAUGAAUUUGGAAAUUUACAAUCUAUGCCAUUUGAAAAUGGCGGGAAUUCAAUUCAUUUUAUUUCUCGUAUAUUACUCGUAAGUACCUGCCUACCUUACUGCGUCUACGCGUUUAUUUGUACAAAUUAGAGUAAGUAUUUUAGGUAGAUAAAUUACUACUUUCCUAUACAAUACUCCAUCUAGUGUACAUUAGUGGUAUAAGUGUUAGUGUAAUUAGAUUUGAAAUAUUUAGGGACGAGAUGCGCACAACUUGCCUUAUGUUAAUUACAUCUAUCAGGGAAUUAUGCGUGAUUCCCGUGAUUGUAUUAUUAUAUUAAGCCAUACUGUAUGUUUAAUUUUAAUAUAUAUUUCUUAAUAAAAUUUUGCCUUG